CGGGGCUGUGUCUGUGCCAGCUGGGGGCUGCUCUGGGCAGAUCAGUGGGAGGGAAGCGAAGUCCCCCCCCCCCCGGCUCCGGCAGGGGAGGCGCAGGAGGGCGGCGCGCCGCCAGCCCGAGUCCGACGGGAGCAGCUGGCUGGGGCGCCGGGGAGAGAGGGGCGCUGGGCGGGUGCGGAUCCAGCCCCGAACGCGCCGCAAACUUUGCCCGACGCUGCGCGGGUCGAGCUCAGGGGCUCCGCGGGGCGGCCCGGCCGGCUCCCGGGGCUCUCGCUGUUCCCGGGCCGGGGCGCUCCCCGCGGGGCGCGGCUUCUUCCCCCCGCUUCCCCUUGGAACCGGACUCGCUCCCGUCCCCCCUCCCUGGCCCAGAAGAUGGUCAACGAUCGAUGGAAAGACAUGGGGAGAGCGUCUCCCCUCGAGGACGGGCAGCAGGAGAAAUCCCAGAGAAUGAGCUGCGGCUACAUCCUGUGCACGGUCCUCUUGUCUGUGGCCGUCCUCCUGGCCGUUACCGUUACCGGCGCCAUCCUCUUCAUGAACCACUAUCACACCCCUGUCACGGAGUCCCCGCCCAUCAUCAGCACCAACCCCGAGGAGGCCAAUGCCCUGGUCACCAUCGAGAAGGUGGACAGCUCCCGCAUCAACAUCUUCAUUGACCCCAACUGUCCGGACCAAGCCGGCAGCUUCACCCGCCUGGAGGGCUUCCAGUCCUCCGUGCUGCGGGCCGUGACAGACCACGACACUGAGAUGAAGUCAUCCAAGGGGCAGGAGCGGGCCCUGCUGGUCACUGUGGCGGAUGAGGUGGCCAAGCUCCUGACCCAUGCCACUCAGCUGAGAGCCGACUGUGACAGCCUGAAGAAGGGGCACAACGCUAUGGGGCAGGAACUCAACGCCCUGCAGAACGAGCAGGGGCGGCUGAUACAGCUGCUCUCGGAGAGCCAGACCAACAUGGCUCGGCUGGUGAGCUCUGUCAGCGACGUCCUGGACACGCUGCAGAAGGAUCGAGGCAUGGCCAGGCCUCGGCUCAAAGCCGACCUGCAGAGACCUCCAGCCCGGGGAGCCCGGCCCCGGGGAUGUUCCAAUGGCUCGCGGCCCCGGGACUGCUUUGACAUCUACGCGAGCGGACAACAAGAGGACGGCAUUUACUCCAUCUUCCCCACUCAUUAUCCCUCAGGCUUCCAGGUCUACUGCGACAUGACGACGGACGGAGGGGGUUGGACGGUUUUCCAGCGGCGGGAGGAUGGCUCGGUGAAUUUUUUCCGCGGAUGGGAAGCAUACCGGGAUGGAUUCGGGAAGCUGACGGGAGAGCACUGGCUAGGGCUGGCGCGGGUCCACGCCCUGACCACGCAGGCCAGCUACGAGCUGCGCAUCGACCUGGAGGACUUCGACAACGGCACGGCCUUCGCCCAGUACGGCACCUUCGGCGUGGGCCUGUUCUCCGUGGACCCGGAGGAGGACGGCUACCCAGUCACCAUCGCAGACUACUCCGGAACAGCAGGAGACUCCUUCCUGAAGCACAACGGCAUGAAGUUCACCACCAAAGACCUGGACAACGACCAUUCGGAGAACAACUGCGCCGCCUUCUACCACGGGGCCUGGUGGUACCGCAACUGCCACACCUCCAACCUCAACGGGCAGUACCUCAAGGGCCACCACAGCUCCUACGCCGACGGCGUCGAGUGGUCCUCCUGGACGGGCUGGCAGUACUCCCUCAAAUUCACCGAGAUGAAGACCCGGCCUGUCAGAGAGGAGAAUUAGCCUAACGGCGCGACCCCUCCCCGACUCCCUCUUUCUCCCCCUCCCCCUCAGCUCAGUGUUGUCUUGUCCGUGAGUCAGGGGGCAGCCAGGGUGAAAAGCCCCUCUGAUAAUGCCCCGCUCAGCACCAGGACAGGGGGCCCAGCCAGAGCCCCCUGCCAGGGGAGGGGCGGCUCUUCCCCCGAGGAUGCGUCUCAGGGGAGAGGCGGUCGCUGCCACCUCCUUGCUCCGAGCGCUUCCAAGGACACGCGCCCCCGGCGAUGGAGUCGGCCCUCCUGCGUUUGGCCUCCCCCCCUCCAGCAAGCCAGCGGCACCCUGGGCUCAGGUGUGCGUAGGGGUGGGGAACGGCACGGACCUGCUGGGCUUUGGCUUGUCAUUACAGGGCAGCUCCAGCGAGGCGGCAGGUGAAAAUCCCUUGGUAAAGCCGGGAAUCAACCCGCCCGACAGUCCCAGGAGACAGCGUCUGGCCUGUAGUUCUUGAUGGGCUUUGCCAAGGGGGUACAGCAGGACCGAGAAGGGGAAGCCAUGGUGAAGGCAGAACCCAGGAGGCCCGACUCCCAGCCCCUGCACGAAAUAUCAGCUGGCCCCAUAGAAAACACCACCCCAUGUUGAUUCCCUGGACUGAGCUGGGCUCCGAGCACAUCCAGAGGGCUGAGCUGGCAGGUGCCCCGGCUGACGCCGGAAAGGUGGCAUGUACAAAAUGCAGCCCCAGGGGGCUCAGCAGAUGGUACAUGAAGGCCGCAGAAAGGGGACAGUGCAGAUCCUGAACAGUUCUUCGUACCUACCCUGGGAUCACUGAAGCUGCCUCUUCCCCACCAGCCACUCGCUCUCUGGCUCCAAGGCUCCACUGGUGAUGGGGCAUCAGGUCUCCAGCAGGGAGGAGGGUUGUAUCUGUCCGGGGCAGGGGAUGAUAUGACACCUUUCUGCUGGGGUUUAGCCCAGGUGUGCCUCUGGAUUUAUGAGCAAUUCCCCCUCCCAUUCAAAACAGCCCCGCAUCCCAAAGCCAGUUUCUGCUGCUGCUCGCCAGCUUCAGUCUCUCACCCUGUGACAUUCCCACGCCCAGCAACGACUAACACUCUCCCACAGUCUGCCAUCCAGGCGCGGGGGGGGGGAAGGGGGAACACAGUAAUUCAACCUUGGAACUGAGAUGGAGGUGACCCCAAACAGUCCACCAGCUCUCCCAGCCCCAUUGCUGCCCUAUCGGGCUCGCUGGAUCACUACACGCCACGUGGGUGCGCGUGGCACUGCGCACCACGCAGCCCUGGGGCUUAGACACCCGGAGAGUAUUGGCUGGACCCCUCAGAAGGGAUGAUUGGCACUGCCCCAUAUCAGCUGUGUUGGCCAAGGUGACGGGGCAAAGCUCACGACUGCAGCUUUGGAGGUGGGAGGGCUCCAAGCGGGUAGCCAGCUGAAGCUCCCAGGCGACGCUUAGGGGAUACGUUUCAUGGAGUCUUUUUGCCAACCAAACCCACUCAGAAGGGGGCAAACCCAGCCCCCCUUUGUGGAAACGUGACCUUAGCUCUACGGUAGCUGUGCCCUUCCCCCAGCUCCUUCGGAGACUGGCUGCAGGAAAGAACAGCUGGUUCUCCACAGGGGAAUUCCUGCCCCUGACCUGUAGGUGCAGGUGAUGGGGAGCUGCCCUUCACUGCCAGCCCACACGAACCUUGCUCUGGCUUAUGCACCUGCCGAUAUUCAAGCCUCUUGUUUCUUCAAAUCCCAUGAAGGUUUUGCAACCCCCCACCCACCCACCCCCAAAACCCCUGAGUCAGGCAUCAUAUCUGUGAGGUGUGGCUAACCGUGUCGUGGCCCCAUCCCAGCGGCUGACCAGCCCAGGCGGCGUGCCGUGUGACAGAGGGACUUCAAGAAUCCUCAUCCUCUGGGACGUCACGGAAAACAGGGAAGAGCAAAGAGGAUUGAGAGGAGGCAUUGUGUGGAGCACACAAGUCACAGCCAAUUCUCCCGCUCCCUUGUCAAGGAGGCACUUCACAGCCCAAGCUGUUCAGCGUCAAGCCAGAUGGUCAGCAGCGGAAUCCUUGCCCAGGUUUCUCCGGGCCCAAUCCCCCAGCAUUCAGGCCUUUGCUUUGUUGGUAGCACUUUGCAGAAGCCAUGGUGCAGGUAGACAUCCAGCUGCUUACAACGAAAGAGAGGGGAGGGGCAAAUGUAGGGUGACCAGACAGCAAAUGUGAAAAAUCAGGACAGAGGGUGGGGGGGCAAUAGGAGCCUAUAUAAGAAAAAGACCCAAAAAUCGGGACAGUCCCUAUAAAAUCGGGACAUCUGGUCACCCUAGGCCAAUGGGAACGCGCCUGCUCCUGACUGAGAUGCUGAGGAUGGAGCAGAGCCCUGCCAGCACAGGCGCACUCCAUCCCGAUCUGCUGUGCAGGAAACGAGAGACAAUCGGGCUCUAUUCUGUCUGUGCUGGACUCUCUAAUGGUAGGGCGUGCCGCUGAACGCUGUAGUGUAAAAGGGUUAAAUGGUGCGUGAGAAGGAAGUCUCCCCUCCCUCCAACCCCCUUAGUGCCAGACCCGAGCACGCUAGAGACAGGUGUCUCAAUCAGGAACUCAUUUGGAUUUUGUUUAAUGCCAAACCACACAAAAAUGCUCAAAGCCUUCCAGUUUGUGUGGCAUCACUAUCUGGAGACACCAUCCCUGCAACGCAGUGGUGCCAACGCCCCCUGCUGCUGGCACUUGGCAGCAUCACUUACAAGAGCAGCGCGAAGAAGUUUUGUGCUUUGCUUGUUCCGACUCCACACGCCUUUGUGUUUCCCUCCCACCACUUUAUGGGCCAGGCUGAUUCUCUGGCAUUAACAUUUCAUGGCUGUGUUCUUUUUACUCCUCUUCCGCCACUGGCCAGUAGUUACCUGAGCAGCGAUCUGACGGAUUUCAAGAGAACCAGGUGUGGGCUUUGAGGCGUCUAAGAAUAGCCCAAGGACAGCUGACUCUUCGUUGUAGCACACUCCGGUAGACAAGAAAACAGCUUGAUUUAAAGGGGGAUUAGGGCUGUAAAGCAGGCAUCCAAAUCAGAGUUCUUAAGCUUACUAAAGCAUGGGGCAUUUCGUUACCUCUGCUGGGGCUGCCUUCUCCCCCAUCCUUGGGGCAGAGCGAGAUUUCCGAAGGGCAGAGGGUUGCUUUUGGCCUUUGAAAGACACCAGGUGCCCGGCCCAGGGGAGGUGUUUUUUUUUUUUAAAUAGUCCUUGAGAGAAAAUGCCCAUAGACCCUCCUCACCCAACCCCUCUGCAAAUUACUCUGGUUGGUUGCUGGACAAAAGGAUUCAAAGGCUACACAGCCCAGGGUCAGAGCACUUUGUGCUGGGCUUGGGGGGAGCGGGAGGAAAGGAACAUAAUUGGAAGGAUAAUGAAAUUCACUAAGUUAUUCACUGUGUCUACUGCAGUGGAUGGAGGCCGCAGUGCACCAGGUGCUGCGCUGACACAUAGUAACUGUCUCUGUCCUGACGAGCUCACAGUCUAGACCAGACAGACAGCGGGUGGGUGGAAGGAAAGCUCGAGCUAUGCCCACUGUACAGAUGAGGAGCUGAGGCAGAGUGAUUACGUGUGUUUCGGGCUGUAGGAUCCUGCAGCCAUACAAGCAAGCAGUGGUGGAUUAGAGAUUUAUGCUUCUCUCCACAUAAAAAAAAAAAUUCUCUGUAAAUCUGUAGGUGAACUAACAGGGAGCCUUUGGGGAAAGUUUUUUCACAGUGAGGUGAUUUUCUUGGGUGGUGUGUGUUGGCAGGGCAGGGUGCAUUAUAUGUUUGGGAUUAUUGUGGUUUUCCCUCUGGUGGAGUCCAAGUUUCCAUACUGAACAUCUGAGGCCUGUCUGGGUCUGGCUGCCUCAGUUCAGUAGCACCUCUGUUGCUGUCAAACCCACCAGCUUUAAAAUACAUCUUUUCCUUCCACCCAGACGGCACUGGUCAGAGGCUUGGCAGAAUUCGAUUUUCAUUACUUUAGAACGGUGACGGCUAAGAUCAAGGGUUAUUUUUAAGAUCUAUUUUAGAUGAUCAAUUUAAACGUCCACAGUUAUGGGAAAUUAUCUGGAGGGGAGGAUUAGACAAUUAUUGAAUGACAGAUGUUGAAAUUCAAAAAGUUAAAACUUCACCGCCAUUAAAACACAAGCUGUCAACAUCACACAUCAAAAUACACAAAGAUCCUUCAACUCUAAGGAGUUCUACUUUGUGUAUCUGUAAAUUUCAAUGAUCACCACUGGAAACAGUUUCUCCUCAGUUUGUGUGGGUACAGUGAAAUUGACAUUUACUGCAACAGUUACAGAUACACAAGCUAAUGCUUCCCAGCCUAGCUAUACAUUUGCUGUACAGAGCUGCACACUGGCUGGGUUAGCUUCAUUAAGCAACAGGACAUCAGUUCAGAUCCGAUGUUGACUUUUAUUGCACAAGGAAAGACCUAAGCUACCUACCUAAAGGUUAUGUACGCUUCCACCUUGACCUAAACUGUCUGCUGGAGAGGGGAGGCCAAGCAUUGCUAGGGAGCAGAGCUAGAGAAGGGGCUGUCCUGGUGGAGGGGAAUACUGUGAACGUUUCUCAGUUGGUUGGUUUUUUAUUUCACUAGAACAAACUGUAAAUAGUUUUUAUAGCAUUUGCCUUCAGGACAGAUGGGAACUCCUGGCUACAGACCCAGACUGUCCAGCCAGCCUGGGAACAUGGUAGCACUCAAGGAACUUUGCUCAGUGGGGGAAAGAGGUGUGUUGGCUUCCCGUGUUUCCUCCCGGGGCCAUUCUUCCUGGGGGUCGGGGAGGGUGAAAGUUGUGUGCUGUCCGGCACUGGGCACUUUGGGUAACUGGCCCUGUAUCACCCAGGACUCCUUAAUAAGUUUGUUUUGAAUUGCAUGAGAGGUAUUUAAUACAAUCAGUGGCCCCAGGAUGCCCAGGGAUUAGCUCUAAGAGUGCACGGAUCAAGCUGCAGCCUGGCAUUAGACUAAACCCUGUCUACGAUGACACCUCCCCUGGAGAGAAGCAGGAAGCGGGUGGGGUCCGGGAAGGGCAGGACAAUUGCAGCCAGACACCAGGUGCUGGGCGAAGGAGGCAGAUGGUGGGCACUGCCGUGCAUACAAUGCCCCUCCAAGAGCUUCCUAAGGGUCUGUGCAGCCUCCAGCCCUGCAGCGUAGGGAGGCUCAGGCCUCCAGCUGGUCUGGAGCAGUGCAUGGCACGCUGACCAAGGGGCCGGUAACAGGGGCUCAGGUUAGAUGGGAGCCCCUUUAACCGAUGCUUGUUGGAUUGCUGCCUUUGGCUCCUGCCCCGUAGAGAGUCAUGCAGGGCUGGUUCAGCUGACAGCCCCUUUCUCCAGCCCACGGCCUUUGGACGGGUUUUCCACACUGUAGGGGCUGUCCUAACUUCACCAGCCAGAGGACACGGACAUGUUUCUAGGCAGGUGCCGCACCCGUGCCUGCCCUUCACACGGCCAGCCCGUGUACCCGUGGAGGAGCUGGGGCCACACCGAUGUCUGUUCAGGUCUGAGCUAGUGGACAGGUCGUGUUGUUUAGCAGUACAAUGAAGUCUAGCUCGUGUGUGAUUGGUGUCAAACGCUGUACAUGUGGACUUUCUAAAACUCCUUAAUAAAAGGAACUCA